AUGGUGCAGGGCUUCUCGGCGGGCGCCUUUAUGUACGGCAACCUCUUGACGGAGCUGGGCCGUCGCGGUGCAGAGGGCGCCGACUUUGCGGCUCGCAUCAAGGGCUCCGUCUGGGACAGCCCCGUCGACGCGAGCGGCGUGCCCUUUGGGCUGAGCCGGGCCAUUAUGGACGGCGGUGUCGCCGGCCGGUCGGAGGGGACGGUGGGCCAGCGGCUGCUGCAGAGUGCGCUCGAGGCGUACCUCUCUCCGAGCGGCCCGAUGAGGCAGUACUACCAGGCCUCUCGUGUGCCCACGGCGGUGAUCUACUCCGAGGCGGACACGGCGGUCUUUGACAAGUGGCGCGAGGCGGGCAGCGCCGUGGAGGAGGCGGUCUUCGAAGGGACGCAGCACGUGUCGCACCUGCCCGCCGACCCGGGGAGGUACGAGCAGGUGGUGGCACGCGUGGUGCGCGAGGCAUUCGCGGGGGCGCCGGCCGGCCUAGCGGCGGGCGCUAUCCGCUGAGGCGGAGCUUUAGCUCGAGAGGAAAAGAUGUACGUGCAGCGCUCGGUCCUCGGAGAGACCACUCCGAGAACGUCGGUGUGUGUAUGUGGCAUGUGUAUGUUCCACGGCUCAUAUACAGUGUAUGUGACAGCUACGUACUCUAUAAGGCGCUCUUGUAAAGUACAUGUACGGC